AUGCAUCCGUCUGGGCUCUCCGACCUGCGCAAUCUAUCGAACCUCAUUAGUGAGGCCGUUGGUCGCAUCGAACAGGCACUGACCACCCGCUCCGUCGACUUUCCUUCUCUGGAUUCACAGCACUACUCAGAGGAAGAGGAGGAUAUACGCUCCGUGCCCGAAGUCGCUGAUGCUAUCGUCAAUAUCGUGGCCGCAGCUGAGCAGAUUGCCACGGUAGUCAGGCCACCAAGCCUGACGAUAUUGGACAUCUCGUUCAAGUUUCACCUAUGUGCCGCAUUGAGAGUCGCUCUCGAGGCCGACGUGACAGAGUUCCUCAGGGAGCAUGGGCCUUCGCAUGUCGAGGCCAUCGCCAAGCAGAGAAACCUUGAUCCUUCCAAACUGGCGACCAACCAUAUCUUCAGGGAGGUCACCCCCGACGUCUUUGCCAAUACCAGGCUCUCUAGCUCACUGGACUCGGGUCGGUCGUGUGCCGAGCUAAUCACCGACCCGUCCGCGAAGCUCGUCCCCUUCCCAGCAUUUGUCAGCUUCGCGCUCGACUUUUGCUUCAAGGCGGCGGCGCAACUGCCUGACGUACUCCUGUCUCCCGCCACGUCGCACUCAGUCAACUUGAACGAGACGGCGUUCGCCAAAGUGGCAAACAUGGACGGCACUUUCUUCGAAUAUCUGGACCUACCCGGUAAUGAGCAUAUGAGGGAAAAGUUCGGUGCCGCCAUGACUGGACUUACGCAGCGUUCCCAUCCGGAGUCCAUCCUCGAAGUAUUCGACUGGACUUCGUUGCCUGCGGGGAGCAUCGUUGUCGAUGUUGGAGGAGGGAUCGGGAGCCAAAUGGUGACCCUAGCGCGUAGCUACCCGAGCUUGAAGCUGGUCGUUCAGGACAGAGAGGCUGUGUGUGCUGACGCAAUGAAGUAUACAAAGAAGGUGCUCCCCUCAGCCGUGGAAUCUGGACAGAUACAGGUUCAAGCGCACGACAUAUUCACCCCUCAGCCCAUCCAGGACGCUUCGGUCUACUACUUGAGGCACGUCGCCCAUAACUGGUCUGAUUCUACAACCGAGACACUUCUUAAACGGCUUCGUGACGCCGACUGGUAA